AGUCCAGCUCCAGGCUGCUCACAGCAGAGGAAACACACAGCAGAGAAAAAAAGCAUGGAUCCUGUGUCAAGAGCAGCAGUUGGAGCAGCAGUGGCUAAGGGUUCUACCCCUGGCUCUCUGGGGCCCGCAGGUUUCACCUCAGGUGGAAUUAAAGCAGGCUCCACGGCUGCUAAAAUGAUGUCGGCUUCUGCAGUGGCCGGCAGAGGUGGAGUGGGAUCAGGAAGUCUGGUGUCUGUUUGUCAAUCAAAAGGUGCGUCUGGUGGGUCAAAGCGCAACAAGUGAAGCUACCAAUGAUGGAGCAGCUUGGAGGUGGUUGGAAAGCCUCUUUUUCUGAAUAAUCAACAAUUGGUUAACCUGUUACGCUAAUGAGACCUGUUUGGAAAGUUGUCUGAUUUGCAGUUACAAACCAUGAUGUUUCAUUGUUUGAAUCUUACAUCUCCGAAAAUAAAAGCAACCGGGUUAAAACACA